AUGGCGUCGCUGCUGCGCCACACCCUCGCGCCCGCGACGACGCUGGAGCGAGUCGAGCUGAACUUGGAGUGGGUGUUCUGUUUGCAGCAGACCCUGGAGCUCACCCCCCCGCUGCACCGCCUCUUCACGCAGCUUGUCGAUGGCAUGGUGGCCGCGCUGUCGGAGCUCCAGCAGGGGAACGCUCCGCCGAGCCUGGCCGCCGCCGCCGUGGACGCCAG